CAUUUUGUAGUUGCACACAACACAAAGCGAAACUGUUUACAAAGACAAAGUUAGUGGCAGUGACUAAAAUCAUCGACAGCAGGGCUUCGCUGUUUUCUCGACAGGAAGACUAAUUAUGUAUGGAUUCGUUAAGCUUGUGACAUUAUAAGAGAGGUCAUAAGAGACGGUCAUGAUGACGGAGGAGGCUGGAAAGCUUCCACUUCUGCGCCUGGAGCCCCCCAUUCAGAAAUUCAUUAAAGUGGCCGUUCCCACUGACCUGGAGAGACUGCACCAGCACCAACACAACAUAGAAAAGUUUCAGAGAAACAGUCAGUGGGAUAAACUUCACCAAGAGCACAUCAACUCCAGCCGCACUGUCCAGCAGUUGCGAUCGAACCUGCGGGAGAUGGAGAAGUUGUGUGGGCGGGUCCGCAGUGCUGAUGCUGAAGCUCUGGAGAAACUUGUUCAGCCAAUCAAAGAUCGAGCCUCCACUGCCAUUCAGGAGUUCCUCAGGAUUCACUCGAAUGCAAUCAAUAGGCCGGGUGCUCCAACUAUUGGCAAAGACUCUCACAAAACUAUCAGCACCGCCUCGGAUACGUUGCACAGUGACUGUGAUACAGGUGUGCCCGGUUCCCCUGUCACUCAAACACAGCUGCUCCUGCCUGAAAUCCCUCCAGAACAGAACGCCGCUGAGUCCUGGGAUUCUUUAGCUGAGGACCUACUGGAGCUGAAUGGUUUAGUAAAUGAGUUCGCCACUCUUGUUCAUGCUCAGCAGGAGAAGAUUGACAGCAUUGAGGCCAAUGUUAGCAUAGCAGCCGCUAAUGUGGAGGAGGGGACUCAGAGCCUAGGGAAGGCGGCUCGUUUGAAGCUGGCGGUUUUGCCCGUGGUGGGUGCAGUGGUGGGAGGAGUGCUAGGAGGGCCGCUGGGACUCUUAGCGGGAUUUAAAGUGGCGGGGGUUGCUGCUGCCGUGGGGGGUGGACUGCUUGGUUUUGCCAGGGGCAACCUGAUCCAACGGAUGAGGAAAGAAAGUAUCGCCCUGCAGCUACAACAGCUUAAGAGCAACAACAACAGUAAGAACGACACUCAGUGAUACACUCAAGCACAUUUGUUUUUGUAGAGGAGGCCACGAGACGGCGGAGUUGGCGACCCACGCGCAUUCUGAAAUAAACACCAGACGCUCAAUGCACAUAAAACAAC